GCUCUGCCUGAGUGCUUGGCCUUUCGCACCCGACAUCGGGCAGAUGUGGCGUUCAUCGUCACGAUGGCUGGGCGGAUCAUCCAGAUGCAAUCGGGUUUCGCCAUGUUGGAGUCAGCCUAUGCACAACCCAACAAUGCCGCCAAUAUCAUGAUGAAGAAUUUGCUGGACCUGUGCAUUGGUGUUUUAGCUUUCUAUGUCUUCGGCUAUACCAUCGCCUAUGGAGAGACCGAAGAUGUCGGCAUUGCAGAUGCAGGUUUCGACUUGGCCCACUGGUUUUGCUGCUUUUCAUAUGCAACCACCGCUGCCACCAUCAACAGCGGCGCCCUUGCAGGCCGUGUGGCAUUCUUCCCCUACCUGGCCCUGUCUACCAUGAUGACAGGCCUCGUCUAUCCCAUUUCUGCGCGUUUGGUUUGGGGCGGCGGCUGGUUGCAACAGAUGGGCUUUGUCGACUUUGCAGGAUCUGCAACGGUGCAUUUGGUGGGGGCUGUAAGCGCUUUGGUCAGCACCAUGAUCUGUGGACCACGUAUUGGGCGCUUCCCAGAGUAUCGAGCUUGGCGGAAACCUUUGAGUUGGAUCUUUGGAGAGAAACAUAACGAUCAGUACUACCGUGUUCCAGAGGACCCCGUGGAGAAGAAGGUCUUCAUCCCGUUCCGUCGUUGCCGACAUCCGGUGCAGCUGCUGUUUGGAACCUUCCUGCUGUUAGUGGGGUUCUUGGCGUUCAACCCCGCUUCGACCUUUUCGAUCACUGACGGGGAUGACCUCGUCAUGGCCCAUGCCUCCGCGACCACUUUGCUGGCAGCAGCAGGGGCUGGGGUCGGAGGCAUGGCUUAUUCCAUGGCCCGCACUCGCUCCUCGGUGGUCCGUGUCCCGGAGCUGACCAACGCCGUCAUCGGGGGCUUGGUGGCCAGUUGCGCCUGCUGCACGGUGAUCCCGCUGCCCAUCGCACCACUGGUAGGUCUCAUUGCGUCGCUGCUGACGCUGUCGGUGGAAGAACUCUUGGUCUAUGUGCAAGUGGAUGAUGCAGUGGGUGCUGUCGCAGCCCAUGGACCAUCUGGCGCUUGGGGUACAAUUGCCGUGAGUUUGUUCGCACAAAAACACUGCGGGGCCGGAAACUCUGAAGUGGUGGGCAUCUUCUUCGGUGGAGGUACAGAUGGAUGGAAACAUUUGGGGGUCCAAACUUUAGGAGUUCUGAUCUUGACCGGGAUUUCCUUGGGUUUUACCUAUGUCAUUGUGAUGCUGGUGGAUUUCCUCUUCGGCUUCCGUUGUUCGCGCGCUUGUGAGUUGAUUGGCUUGGAUUUCUGGGAACAUCAGUUCGAUGAUGGCCACUCUCUUUGGCUUGGCUCAGAUGCGCGCAGAUCUCAGUCGCAGGAAUCGACAUUUGGACUCCGUGGUGCCCAAGAAAUGGCGGAGCCCAACCAAGAGCUACAUGGAUGUGACGGCCAGUGAAAACUCCUCAAGUUCCGAAGUGUUUCCAGCCCCACAGCCACAUCCUCUCAACGCCAAUGAGAAGGACGUACAUGGUGACAAGGCCACGAUUCAAAAGCUGGCCAAGAAAGUGGAGGAUUUGGAGCACAAAAUCUCCCUGCUGACCGUUGGAAUGUUGCGUGAUCGGAGUAAAACCACCGAAGAUAUCUGCGGAACUGGCAAUCGUUUCUCCCGUGACGCCAGUUCCGAGGAAUCGCCAGUGGCUCCCGUUCGUACCACCAAAUCUGACCGGAUGUGACGACAAAUUGUGACCGUUUAGGAACUCCCAGGGGCCGACAGCGCAAGGCCCAUGUAGAUAGUGAUGAUAGUGGAUGUGAUAGUGAUAGUGGCACACUAAUAUGGCACACAUAUUCGGUUGCACCGCACAGCACUGCUCAGCACUGAGUUUCCAAGGCCUUUGAUGCCUUUGGAGGCCUUAGGCUGGUGUUUGUUCUUCCGUGUUUCCAAGGCUCCAAGGCUGACCGAUGCAUGUGGAGGAAGCAGCCACAACGGAGCAAAGCUUGACAGCCCAAGACUGUCAAGAUAUGCUCUGAGGACGAUUGCCGUCUGCAUGGUAUACUGGGCUGAUGUUAGGAAAUCACGCGGCGAUAACCGUAUGCCAG